GAAUGGAACGUUUGUCUGGAAAAACAUUAUAGUCUCCUGGGUCAGAAUUUCAAAGCUUGCGCCUACUGUACAUAAUUGAGAGGGUCAGGAGGUGAAUCGUCUUGUUUCCUGACUUGUUUGUAUAAACACUUGACCUUUGAUCGCCGAGUUUUGCUUGUAAUUGUUCUUUUGUGGAUGCGUCACACCAAGGAGCUUCGGGCGUCAUCAAAGAAGUAACGUCAGGAAUAAGACAGGAAACGGCUAUCAUCUUUAACUCAUUUCCCGAGCGAAAUGGCGACUCCAGGCAGCAGGAAGAUUUUCGUCCUCCUUGUGACGGUUGCGAUGUUCCAAUUCGUGACGCAGACAUCGUCGUUUGUCCAUUACUACUCCUCUGCUGAGGAGUCCAUGGAAGGGAGUGGGGAGAGUAGUGGGGACGGCUCGGCGCUGUUGCCCGACUCGCUAGAGGAGUACCAACGCUACCGCUCUUCCAGGGGAAGGGUACCGGACUCCGCAUUUCGACAGUGGUCCACGUGGUCACGAUGUACAAGGUCUUGUGUUCAGAAACGGUACCGUGAGUGUAAAAGGUUUCUACAGUGCGGAGAUGAAAUUCAGACCCAGGCGAGGUUCUGUUCCGUACCGGGAACAGCGUGUGAGCGGCCCGACACCUCCACCCCUGCCGCCCCCGAUGUUCUACCGACCACCGGGGACCAGGGAUGGCUACCCGUCACUGAACGAACUUCAGUUGAGAUAGACUCUGAAGAACACACCGAGGACAACAACGGAGACGAAGGUGAAGAAGACCCUUACCCCGACCAGUCGGAAGGCGAGUUCAACUCGUCGGGCUGCGGCGUCAAACCACGGCUACCCCGCUUCAGGAUCGUGGGGGGUCGGCCGGCCAGACCCGGUAGCUGGCCAUGGCAGGUCGCCAUGUUGGAUAAGGAAUACUUCGGGCACUUUUGCGGAGGAACACUCAUCUCACCGCAGUGGGUCCUGACGGCGGCUCACUGCUUCCGGCGGAAGUCCACACAAAAGAAGUCCCUGGUCAGAGUCGGGGAGCACGACUUCCUGACGCGAGAGGACACACAGAAAAACGCUCAGAUAGCCAAAGUAAUUCUCCACCCUGACUACACAACCGACACCGAUCAUCACGACAUAGCUCUCCUGAAGCUGAAGAAACCGGUCCAACUCAGCCCUGCUGUCUACCCCAUCUGUCUGCCGGAACCAGGGGAGUUUCCGCCGGUAGGGACCGGAUGUUACGUCACGGGAUGGGGCAAACACGUGCAGCCAUCUUGGGGAGGAAGCAACGUUCUCAGAGAGGUCCAGGUGCCCAUUAUUGAUGACGUCACGUGCCGUGAGACGUACGCAGAGUACGGUGAUUACGCAAUCGGGCCCGGCAUGUACUGUGCAGGGUACGAGGAGGGGGGGAGGGACUCCUGUGGUGGGGACAGCGGGGGACCGAUGUCAUGUCAACUGGAUGGCAGAUGGACGAUGGUGGGCGUGACCAGCUUCGGUGAUGACGAAUGUGGCCGACCCGGAAGUUAUGGGGUCUACACAAAGGUCAGCCACUACAUGGACUGGAUCCGGUGGGUCAUGGCGGAACAUGGCGGCGAGUGAGCGGGCUCCGGGAGAUAGAUAGAGGGUUUCUAACGAGAAACCCCUGGUUGUUUAAUGGGACAUUAUGUAACAUUACGUAGCAUUAGGACAAUACAAAA